AUGAAUCAACCAAACUUUAAUGUUGAAAUUUUCAACAUCUUUCGUUUUGAUUCAACUCCUAAUGGCAGUAUAAAAUGCCCUGACAAUAAUUGUGGCUUUAAUAUAGCACUUCUCGCCGAUGAAGAUGAUUUAACCCGUAGCCAAAAGAACGAAUUGUGGAGUCAUGUAGAAGAGUUGCACCAUGGUUUAUUUGCAUCUCUAUACGAAAGAUGCUCAACGAAAGCAAUCUUCAUACCACGAGAAGAUAAAGUUCGUAUUGAUUUUCGUUUUUGCAUGUGA